CAGGUGAGGAUUCCUUUCUAUGAUCGCCCACUGGAUCUAGAAGUUACUUUUUACCCUCCAAUGCUUGCUGUUUAUUGUUCGAUAGCUGAAGUUGAAGCGGCAAGUCAAAGUGUCGAGGUCGAUGCUAUUCUAGUUGAGAUUCUCCCAUUUCCAGGGAUUUCGGGUUGAACCUUCUUAUAAUCUGUCAGUUGUGACAGGACACUGAACACUGAACAGCAUCAUGGGCGACAACCCUCCAAGCAAGCCAACCGAGAUAGUGGAUGAUCCAGAUGACCCAGAGCUGAGCAAACUGCUGGACAGCGCUCUAGCCGACUUUGGGCGGCCCACUCCUACUGCUCCUGUCCCAGCCACAGCCGCCCCUGCUGCAGCUGUACAGACAGCGACUGGCGGUGGCGAGCCAGCGAAGCAAGAGGGAGUUAAGGAUGCCUACAAAGUAUUUGAAGAGGCAAUGAAGCAGGCACUGCAGGCAGGACCGGACUCUGCCUCUGCCUCUGCGUCCGGCGGCGGCGGUGACGCGGCGUUUUCAGCUCUGAUGAGCUCGCUCGCCGAGGAGAUGGCCAAAACCGAGGUGGAGGGAGCGGAGGAUCCCCUGGCCAAGACUCUGGCAGAUCUGUCCAAAAAUAUGUCCUCAGAUGCGGAGAAGAUGGGAGGAGAGCCGGAUAUCUCGGAGCUCCUGAAGGCGUUCUCCGGCUCUGGCGACGGGCCCGACGCCGGCGCCCUCGACUCCUUCAUGCCGCUGAUGCAGACGGUCAUGUCUAGUAUCCUCUCCAAAGAUGUGCUGUACCCGUCGCUCAAAGACGUGGCAGGGAGGUACCCGGCGUGGUUGGAAGCCAACUCUAGCUCACUGUCUACAGAGGAUAAGGAUCGGUAUAGCCAACAACACCGUCUCAUGGUAGAAGUAUGUGAAGUGUUUGAGGAGGAAGGAGACGCCGCGGCUUCCGGAAAGCAGGACCGUGUGUUUGCGUUGAUGCAGAAGAUGCAGGCGCUCGGACAGCCGCCGAAGGAGCUGGUGGGUGAGUCGGAUCUGGGCAUCACAUUCGACGAGGAGGGCAACCCCCGACUGCCGGCGGGACUGGGUCCGGCCAGCGGGGCAGAGUGUGCGAUCAUGUAGCGGGGCGGAGGGCUGGGCUGGGCUGGGUGGGCUGGUUGGUAGCUUAGUUAGGUAUGAACACGUCUGGAUGUGAUGUCUUUGUACCGGGAAGAGGGGAAUGUUUGAGCAGGCGAUUUGAUAGUGAAUAUGAUAACCUACAAUGGUGAAUGUUAUGAUGAGUGGUGGUUUGCAGCUGGUGUGAAAGUUGUUAUUGAGAUUAUCGUCAGUGUUUGUUUGGUGAUGUCUGGUGAUGUCUUGGAAGUUUGUAAAAGGUUCAUUUAUCCUUAUGCUCGUUUUAAGUUAUACGUCUGAGAUAUUGCUCACUGGAACUCAAUCUCAGAUCAAGUAUACCUACGUCGAGGAUUGCCAUGGAAGUGACACCAAAGCCUUAUAAUAAACCCCAUGUCAUGUCUAAA